CCAGUCCUCCUCCUCCUCCGUUCCGCCGCCUCUCUUCUCUUCCCCCCUCGCGAUGGCGCUCACGCGCCUCGCCGUCGUGGCCGCCGCCCACUCGGCCGCGCCGCCCUCCUCCCGCCGCCGCAGGGCCCUCUUCCGCCAUUCCUGCCGCCCGCUGCCCGCGCCUCCCGGCGCUUCCCCCAGGGCGCUGCGCGCGUCCGCCUCCCCCGCCGCCGUCGACGACGAGGCCCCCGCAUCCCCGCCUCCAUCAGAUCUCGGCAAGGGAGUGGAGAACUUGGUGAUCAUUGGCUCUGGCCCGGCAGGGUACACCGCCGCGAUUUACGCUGCUCGGGCGAACCUGAAGCCCGUCGUGUUCGAAGGCUACCAGGUCGGUGGCGUGCCUGGUGGGCAGCUGAUGACCACCACCGAGGUGGAGAAUUUUCCCGGCUUUCCGGAUGGAAUAACUGGACCUGAUCUAAUGGACAAAAUGCGGAAGCAAGCAGAGCGGUGGGGUGCUGAGCUUCACCAAGAGGAUGUUGAGUUCGUGAACGUAAAGAGCAGACCGUUUGUUAUUCGUAGUAGUGAUCGUGAGGUGAAAUGCCAUAGUUUAAUCAUUGCUACUGGUGCUACUGCUAAGCGCCUUCGAUUACCUCGUGAAGAUGAAUUUUGGAGUAGAGGUAUCAGUGCAUGCGCAAUAUGUGAUGGAGCGUCCCCGCUCUUUAAGGGUCAAGUUCUUGCAGUUGUUGGAGGUGGUGAUACAGCUACAGAGGAAGCAAUAUAUUUGACAAAAUAUGCCCGUCAUGUUCAUCUACUUGUUCGAAAGGAUCAGCUACGAGCAUCCAAAGCUAUGCAGGACCGAGUACUCAACAAUCCCAACAUAACAGUACAUUUCAAUACAGAAGCUGUGGAUGUUGUCAGCAAUAACAAAGGCCAGAUGUCUGGUAUUCAAUUGAAGAGAACUGACACGGAAGAGGAAUCAGUUCUUGAGGUGAAAGGUCUAUUUUAUGGCAUAGGACAUACUCCGAACAGUCAGCUGUUACAAGGUCAAAUUGAUCUUGACAAUGCUGGUUAUAUUUUGGUUGAAGAGGGCACUGCAAAAACAUCAGUUGAUGGCGUAUUUGCUGCUGGUGAUGUGCAGGAUCAUGAAUGGAGGCAAGCUGUUACUGCAGCUGGAUCUGGUUGUGUAGCUGCUUUGUCAGUGGAAAGAUACUUAGUUGCCAAUGAUCUUCUUGUUGAAUUUCACCAGCCUGUUCGUGAAGAAAAACCAAAGGAAAUUACAGACAGAGAUGUUGAGAUGGGCUUUGACAUUUCUCACACAAAGCACAGGGGACAGUAUGCACUCCGUAAAGUAUACCAUGAAAGUCCAAGGCUUGUCUGUGUUCUAUAUACUUCUCCGACAUGUGGUCCCUGCAGAACCUUAAAACCAAUUCUGAACAAGGUUAUAGACGAGUACAAUGAACAUGUUCAUUUUGUUGAAAUUGACAUCGAGGAGGAUCCUGAAAUAGCAGAAGCUGCAGGCAUCAUGGGAACACCAUGUGUUCAGUUUUUUAAAAAUAAAGAAAUGCUCAGGACUGUCUCUGGUGUUAAAAUGAAGAAGGAAUACCGGGAGUUUAUCGAGUCAAACAAAUGAGCUGAACCAAACAUUCGUUUCAAAUUUUAAAGUGUAACAGUCUUUUUUUGCCCAUACUGACUAUUUCUAGCUGCCACUCCGGUGGCCAAUUUUUGGUCAAAAUUUUCAGAUGGGCCGGGUGUAGUGGGAUUCCAGAGGAAAAUUAGCCGAUCGCUCCUAUUGAAUUCAACCAAUGUCACAGAAUAUGUAUAUUCUUUUGUUGUACAACAAGCAUUGGCAGUUUGUCUUGA